AUGGAAAACAUGAAUGAAACAAACGAAGGGGAGGAUAAUUCGAAGUCAGGAAACUCGAAUCAUGAGGAGGGCGAGCGCCAGCGAAGUCAUGGAUCGAGCAUGGACGUGGGGGAACAGGGGAGCCCUGGGCGCCUAUCAGCGGACGAGGGGGAUUCCUUAACGAAGAGAGAGUUGUUCCGAAUCAUAGCUGACCAAGAUCGGGCCAUAGCGGCGCUCAGGAGGGAGUUGGAGGGGGAGCGAAGUGAAGACAUGAUGAUGUACAGCCCCGGAUUGAGAAAGCGAGACAGAGCGGGGGAAGACUCGGAAUCGCAGCAGCAUGGACUUCCGCACCAGACCGAGCAGGGGCAUACUAUGCCCGGACGUCCGCGCGCCUGGAGACUGCCCCUCGAGCCCACUCAGACGGGACCCUAUGACGUUUGGGCGCCUAGGAGGGUUGCCAGACGGUUCGGCGUUCGUCAACCCCUGGCCCGAAGCAUCCUGAUGGAGCCAGCGGGAACGACAAAAUUCCCCCGUUACCCAGUUACGAUGGGGUGGCCGACCCAGAGGAUCAUCUGA